UUGUUGUGUUGUAGCAUGUGUUGUCUGAUUCCUUGUGAUGCUGCUCUUUAAAAGCUCUGCUCUGUUGUGCGUUGAAACCCCCCUUGCCUUCCCCACUCCCCCACCCCACGCUUGGUGUUCUAUAUGUGGCACUUAGACGAAUGGAGAAAUCCGCUCCAAAUGUUUUCCAUAUUUGUUCAGAGCCAGUGAGAUUUCAAAUAGAAACUCAGCCUCAGACAGAAGAGUGGCAGGGUUUGAGGGAGCGAAAAAAAAAAAUCGUAAAACACAGAGAAAUGGGAAUGGAUGCUAAAAGCAAGUCAAGCCCUGCCCCUAACAGUCAGAGCCAGGCAGGAAAACCUUCUGGAGGACAACAGAACAGAGACCCCGUUCAGGAAAAGACAGAAAACAUGGAGAAGAAAAAAGGACGAAAGGGAAAAGUCAAUGCCGGCCAAAAGCAUAAUUCUCACACUUGCUGUGGCUGUGGCUUUCCUUUACUGAUUGCAGCGCUGCAGUUGCUUUUAGGUGUUUCUAUAACAGUGGUGGCCUUCAUAAUGACAGGCAUCAGCUCCUCUUUGCUGACCAGGGAGACUCCACACUGGGCUGGGAUUAUUGUAUGCUUGGUGUCUUUGCUGGGAUUUAUUUUGUACUGCAUAACUUACUUGCCUGAUGAAAAUACAUCCAUGCAAUUCAUCAUAAAGCUGGCAUACUUCUUGCUGUGUGCCCUCGGACUGGUCGUUUGUAUCCUGGCCGUAGCCUUUACCUGUCAUCACUACACGCAAAUCAACAACUACACGUGUGCCAUGGAGGACACAUGCGUCUGUAAACUGAAUCCCGAGGACCCCAUUGCCAGGAGCUUUGUCUACAUGGGCGUGCAGGACUGCAGCGAUAUCACAAGCUCUCUCAAACUUUACUUCCUUCUCCAAAUCAUCUUGAACCUGACCCUUGCUCUCGUCUGUCUAAUUUCCUGUUUUGUGAUGUGGAAGGACCGGUAUCAGGUUUUCUAUGCGGGUUUUCAGCUGGGCUGUCCUGCUGAGCAACAGCUAAAAGUGUAGGCUUCACGGUUUGUGGUUUCACCUUCCUCACUUAGCGUGGUGUGACGGCAGAACAAUCUGAGAUCUAAAUGUGCUGCACGUGUAAUGCAGGAAAAAGCCCUAGGUGCCCUUUGCAUACUGCAAUAUUCAGUGACCCAGACCGCUUCCGCACUUUGUGAAUUCUCAAGCAGGAUUCAGUAAGGUGGAAUUGUCUUCACCUCCAAGUAAACAUUUUAAGGUCAAAAUGGAUCCAAAUAAUUUCCUUCUUUUCAGGAAUGGAAAAAAAAAAUCACCAGCUCCUAUGGACAAUGUUAUUAAUUUGAAAUUGAAUGAGAUUAAGAGUGUAUGAAGACUGCAAUCAUCUAUAUUUUUUAUCUUUUUACUACUACUACCAAUUACAAAUGUAACUGAUUGAUCAGUGAAAGCGCGUCAGAUCAGUUUUAUUUGCUUAUCAUGGAUUGCCACUUCUCUGACAGCCGAAAACCAAACCACAGUUGGCACGUGGGGACCUUUUUGUUUUUGUUCUGACUCGUCUUGCACUUUGUAGUUUUCUACUAAGCACACAUCAGGACUCACAUCACAUAUUUCUGGGUUUUCCUCUGCAUAAUGCAGCUUUCUUUUUGACACUCGGCUCAACUAAUGCAAAGAAAAAGUAGACUUUUUUUUAAUGACAAGAAUACACUUUUUUUGUUUUUGCUUCUGCCAUUGCUAGUAGGAUGAAAGACUCGCUCGACUGUUCUGGUGUCUGUACAGCAAAUAAAAGACAACUCUUGAACCACAAUAAAUAAUUUAAAAGAAGAGUAGCAGGAGACUUUCUAGUACAAAAGUGAUCAAUGUAUGAAGGUGCCAUAUGACUGAUGACAAGACGAUGGUGUGAACAACUGAAAAUUUCUUGCCAUAACUCUCAAAAGUUCCAAAGUUGAAAUCAUUCUCGGUGCUAACAUUUAUAGAUUUUCCUCUGACUCAGAAAUAAACUGUGACAUUAUUUCUUUAUUUACUGAUUAAACCCAUCCCAGUAUCUUUUGGAAGAAUAACUGUACGUAUAGUCGAGAUAAGAAACGAAAAAUUACUUCAAUACCAAAUGCAGCACUUCUGCCGAGCUUCACAUUGAACACAAAUGUACAGCCUGUCUUGGUGUGCAGAGGAUCCAACUAUAACAGUGGGUGUUAUGGAGCGGAGAAGGAUGUGGGCGGGGCCAGAUGUCUCACCCCGCCCAUAUUCAGCAAUCCUCGCCUUGUUGCAAGAUGGCCAAGUUAUUGCAUAUGAAAGCCAUGACACUACACGUGUAUUUAUUUAAUCAUAUUCUUGUUUAUUUAUUCAUCACAAUACAAGUGAAAUACCAUCCCCUACUGUACCAUAACACUGCCAUAUCAAAUACUAGGAAACACUUGGACCUGCAGCCCUUGAAGAAAGGUGGUUCAUGCGCUUCUCACGAAACACAGCACCCCAGGUCACUCUGACGAGGGUGCUGCCACCUUUCUCGUGUCCUAACAGUGUGUAUGAUCAGUCAGAAUUUGUAAUGUGCUUCACUCUCAUCAGAUGUCACCAGGGUUCUUUUCUUGUCCUCUGCGCUACCACUAACUGUAAGAAAGACCUGAAGUCCAACAACAUGGUGGAGGAAGCCCACACCACCAGUUCUUUGGUCAGUGUUGUGCUGAGAAAUUAUGAAUUGUGUCCAUCCAUCCAUUUUCCAACCCGCUG